CUGGACCCGUGUUGGCCGCCAGCGGUCUGCUCGCCGGUGGGCUCCAGGGGGCGCCCUCAAGAGAAGGGGCGGAGCGCGCCUGUUCCAGAGACCAGCUCGGCGGGGUCCUCGGUCGGUUACACCUCAGUAUCUCCAUAGCUACGGUAGUGGCCGCUGUAGGCGGGAGGUCCCCGGCCGCUCCGCAGUUACCGUCGCCGCCUCGGGGGUCCGGGCCGCUGAGUCCUCUCGCGGCCGCCAUGAAGCUGCGGGUCCGGCUUCAGAAGCGGACCUGGCCGCUGGAUAUGCCAGAAGCGGAGCCGACUCUGGGGCAGCUGCGCGCCUACCUGAGCCAGGCCCUGCCUACCUGGGGGUACAGUUCCGAUGCCCGGUUUGCAAUUACAUUGAACAACAAGGAUGCCCUCACUGGAGAUGAAGAGACCUUGGCUUCAUAUGGGAUUGUUUCUGGGGACUUGCUAUGUUUGAUUCUUGAAGAUGCCAUUGCAGCACCUAACUUACCUUCAUCCACAGUUUCAGAGCAUUCCUCACUCCAGAAUAAUGACCAACCCUCUUUGGCCGCCAGCUCCAGUCAGUCCAGCAUACAGGAUGCACAACUGCAUGCCUCGCUCCAGGAACAGGCAGCCCAGUCUGAAGUCUGGCAUGACGGCAGUGCGUCGGGGCCUGGUCAGCAUUUUGAAGCUGAGUCAGUUCCAGAUGUUGUGGAUGUGGAGGAGGGCACAGGUUUCUAUCUCGCAGAGCCAAUGCUCUGCAGCGAAUCAGUAGAAGGGCAAGUGCCACAUUCAUUGGAGAUCCUGUAUCAGUCAGCUGACUGUUCGAACCCCUGCGAUGCCCUGAUAGUAUCCAUACAUCUUCUCAUGUUGGAGUCGGGUUACAUACCUCAGGGGACUGAAGCCAAAGCUGCGUCCAUGCCGGAGAACUGGAGGUUGGGAGGCGUGUAUCAGCUGCAGUACACGCACCCUCUCUGCGAGGCUGGCUCUGCUGUGCUCACCUGUGUGCCUUUGGGAAGCCUCAUCGUCAUAAAUGCUACCCUAAAAAUCAACAGUGAGGUUAGAAGUGUAAAAAGACUGCAGCUGCUGCCAGAAUCUUUUAUUUGCAAAGAGGAAUCAGGGGAAAAUGUAGCCAUGAUAUACAAAGAUCUUCAGAAACUCUCUCGCCUCUUCAAAGACCAGCUGGUGUAUCCUCUUCUGGCUUUUACCCGGCAAGCACUGAACCUACCAGAUGUAUUCGGGUUGGUAGUCCUCCCGUUGGAGCUGAAACUGCGGAUCUUCCGACUUUUGGACGUUCGUUCUGUCCUGUCUCUGUCUGCAGUUUGUCGUGACCUCUGUAUUACUUCAAAUGAUCAACUUCUGUGGAGGUGUUUGUAUCUGCGGGAUUUUCGAGAUGGUAGUAUCAGAGGUCGAGACACAGAUUGGAAAGAACUGUACAAGAAGAGGUACAAACAAAGGAAAGAAGCCCAGAGAGGGCGGCAUGUGAUGUUCUUGCCGUCAUCACCCCACCCCAUUCCAUUCUACCCCAGCCCCUUGCACCCCAGACCUUUUCCUCCCAGUUCUCUCCUCCCUCCAGGAAUUAUCGGUGGUGAAUAUGAUCAAAGACUAACCCUUCCCUAUGUUGGGGACCCAAUCAAUUCACUCAUCCCUGGGCCUGGGGAAACACCCAGCCAGUUCCCCCCACUCAGACCACGUUUUGACCCAGUGGGCCCACUUCCAGGUCCUAACCCCAUCUUGCCAGGGCGAGGUGGCCCCAGUGACAGAUUUCCCCUAAGACCCAGCAGGGGUUGGCCAACUGACAGCCGGCUACCAUUCAUGUGACUGAUUUGUUACCUCACUCUGGAGCUUGUUUUGGUUUUGUUUCUUUAAAACUACAGAUGUCAUUUUGCUGGGGUGCUACCUCUAUUGUUUUCUGAUUGCGAUGGUGGGACAUGGACUCACAGAAACCUUUUAUAGACAUAUUAAGGUUGGUGCAAACAUAAUUGCGGUUUCGGACCAUGAAUUUUAAAUCAUAACUAGGCUCAAACACGUCUUUAUUAAUCAAAAUAGGACCAUUACAAUCAACAAAUUUUUGCAAAUGAGAAGUCCUGUAGCAUAAAAAUCCAUGCUUUGGGAUUCGGUGAACUCUUGGAAACCAUUUUCUGCCUCCUGCUGAUUGUGGAAGCAUUUCCCUUGCAGAAAGUUGUUCAGAUCCUUGAAGAAGUGGUGGUUGACAAGAGGUCAGGUGAAUGUGGCAGAUGAGGCAAAACUUUCAUAACCCAAUUCCUUCAACUUUUGAAGUGUUGGUUGUGCUACAUGUGGUCAGGUGUCGUCAUAGAGAAUUGGGCCCAUGCUUGACCAGUACCAGCUGCAGGCAUUGCAGUUCUCAGGGCAUCUCAUCGGCUUGCUAAGCAUACAUCUCAGAUGUAAUGGUUUCGUCAGGAUUCAGAAAUUUGGUGGUGGAUCAGAUGGGCAGCAGACCACCUAACAGUGACUAUGAGCAUUUUUUUGGUGCAGGUUUGGCUUUGAGAAGUGCUUUGGAGCUUCUUCUCAGCCCAACCACUAAACUAGUUGUCGCCAGUUGUAUAAAACCCACUAUUCAUCACAUCACAAUCUGAUCAAGAAAUGGUUUGUUGUUGCUACAAUAAGAAGAUGACACUGCAAAAUGACGAUGUUGUUGAUUUUUGGUCAGCUCAUGAGGCACCCACUUAUGGAGCUUUUUCACCUUUCCAAUUUGCUUCAAAUGCUGAAUGACCAUAGAAUGGUUGACGUUGAGUUCUUCAGCAACUCCUCCUGUAGUUGUAAGAGGAUUAGCUUCGAUGAUCAUCUCAAUUGGUUGUCGUCACCUUCCCAGGGCUGGCCACUGUGCUCCUCAUCCUCAAAGCUCUCGUGUCCUUUGCAAAACUUCUUGAACCACCACUUGCACUGUUAGCAGUUCCUGGGCCAAAUGUGUUGUCGAUGUUGCAAGUCGUUCUUGCUGCCUGAUGACCCAUUUUCGACCCAUCUUGAAUAAGAAAAUCACUCAAAUUAGCUUUUCGUCUAACAUCAUUUCCCUAUUCUAAAAUAUAAAGUAAGUCAUUAGCAAAAAAAUAUAAAGUGAGAAAUGCACAUUAAAAUGAUGUACAACAUAACCACAUUUAUUUAAGAAUAUUCCAAUAUCAAACAGCAAUGUUUAACAAUGCAAAACUGUAAUUACUUUUGCACCAACCUAGUUGUUAAAGCUCCAGGAGUGGUAUGGCUCACAGGUUACUUGCUUGACAGGGUUGGCCUUGGGAAUAUGGUUCCUGACAUCCCCUCUCUCAGUUACUGUCUAGAAUGCAGGUUACACAUUGAUAAUGUUCCAUACCCGAAUAAAAUAUUAAGUAAAUUA